CCGGGACCCGAGCUUUUUUUUUUUUUUUUUGCUAGCACCGUUCACCUACCCGAGUCUGUUCCGUGGUAGAGGUGACCUGGUUCUCUGGUACUCCUUUUGCAGGUGGUGAAAUUGGCCGUGCGGUUACCAAUCAUGUCUGAACCAAUCAGAGUCCUUGUGACUGGAGCAGCUGGUCAGAUUGCUUAUUCACUGCUGUACAGCAUUGGAAAUGGAUCUGUCUUCGGUAAAGACCAGCCCAUAAUUCUGGUGCUGUUGGAUAUCACCCCAAUGAUGGGUGUCCUGGAUGGUGUCCUCAUGGAACUGCAAGACUGUGCCCUUCCCCUCUUGAAAGAUGUCAUUGCGACAGAUAAAGAAGACGUUGCCUUCAAAGACCUGGAUGUGGCCAUUCUUGUGGGCUCCAUGCCAAGAAGAGAAGGCAUGGAGAGGAAAGAUUUACUGAAAGCAAAUGUGAAAAUCUUCAAAAGCCAGGGAGCAGCAUUGGACAAAUAUGCCAAGAAGUCAGUUAAGGUUAUCGUUGUGGGAAACCCAGCCAAUACCAACUGCCUGACUGCCUCCAAGUCGGCCCCAUCCAUCCCGAAGGAGAACUUCAGUUGCUUGACUCGUCUGGAUCACAACCGAGCUAAAGCUCAAAUUGCUCUUAAACUUGGUGUGACUGCCGAUGAUGUGAAGAAUGUCAUUAUCUGGGGAAACCAUUCCUCGACUCAGUAUCCAGAUGUCAACCAUGCCAAGGUGAAACUGCAAGGAAAAGAAGUUGGUGUUUAUGAAGCUCUGAAAGAUGACAGCUGGCUCAAGGGAGAAUUCAUCAAGACUGUGCAGCAGCGUGGUGCUGAUGUCAUCAAGGCUCGGAAACUAUCGAGUGCAAUGUCUGCAGCAAAAGCCAUCGCUGACCAUGUCAGGGACAUCUGGUUUGGAACUCCAGAGGGAGAGUUUGUGUCCAUGGGUGUCAUUUCUGAUGGCAACUCCUAUGGUAUUCCUGAUGAUCUGCUCUACUCAUUCCCUGUUGUAAUUAAGAAUAAGACCUGGAAGUUUGUUGAAGGCCUCCCUGUUAAUGAUUUCUCACGUGAGAAGAUGGAUUUUACUGCCAAAGAAUUGGCAGAAGAAAAAGAAACUGCUUUUGAAUUUCUUUCCUCUGCCUGACUAGACAAUCGUCAUCAUGUUACUAAAUGCCCCAAAGCUGAAGAAUCUAAAUGUCGUCUUUGAUCCUAGUACCAAAUAAUAAUAAUGCUAUAAUUAAAAAUUAUGUGUGAAAAACAACACAUUUUAAAGAUACUGUGCUUCCUGGUACAGAUUUGUGAGUGACCGUCUAUGGUUAUGCUGUUAGUGCUGUGUUCUAAAUAAAAGUAUAUAUUGAAAUGAAA